GGUUCUAGGGAUAGGAGGGAGGGAGAAAGAUGAAAUUUUGCUGAUCCACUUUCUCCAUACCAGACCUAAUUUCAUGAGCCAGCAUGUCAACUCUUUGCUCUUUGCCCUGUGGUUUGUAUCAUCACAGGCCCAUGCUGACCUUUGCACCCACACAGAUAUCACUGAGGAGUGGGGAGUUUUGUUCUCAUUUUCUUGCUGCUGGGGGUGGGUGGGUCUGGAACCAGAUAAGAAAGCUUGCACAGAAAGUCCAAAGUGAUGGGUUCGGGUUAGCAGCAGGGAGCUCCUCCUCUCCCUCACCCGAGGCUGAAUCACCCCGCAAAAGAGGAAGGAAAAAGCACACGUUCAGCAGACCAGCUUGCGACAGAACAUCAGCUGUACCAGAUUGGCAGCGCCGGCUCCAGAUGUCACACCCAGGCAUGACCAACAGCAAGACGUUCCGGAGGGCCUACUCCUUGCGGGGGUCCAAGUCCCCCAGCCUCCUGGAUCCUGCCUUUGGGAGCUCAUGGGACCACCUGGAGGAGGCAGAUCCCGCCAGGCGGUCUGGAGGCGCUGCUCUCGGGGGGCACGGCCUGGUCCCCAAGAACAAGGAAGAGGCCCAGACGAAACCUGCCUGGAGCUGGGGGAGGAGAGCCACGAGUCUGAGGGUGCGGAAGGCCAGGGGAGAGGAGGCCGCGACGAUGGGAGAAGCAGCCCACUCCCUUGGCCCUGGCGACGGGCAGAUGCUCAUCGGGAAGGCCCACGGCAAAGCAGGUGGCAGGAUGAAGAAACGUAAACAGCAGGUAAAUCGUGCUCUCCGGGAAAGCUGGGAGACCUUCUUGACCAACGUGUACAGCUUAACAUUGAGCCGCCCGACCAGCAGACCCACCACUGAUGAAGCCCCGACGGUGGGGACACCGUGAAGGAAAAGACUCCCCUGGACUAAGCAUGGACUCAGGGAAGGAUGCUGAACUGACUCAGGCAGCACCAGGGCUUCUCCCUCUUGGACCCUUUCAACUGUAACCUCCGUGGGUUGCUGGCAAUGUGGCAUGUGCCUUGGAAGGACUUCUUCACCAAAGCUGCUCAUUGUUCCUGGGCUUCUCUACUGGACUCCUUUUUCAGCAUUCAUUUAGCUGUGAUUCCUGCAGGGGGGUUGGACUAGAUUCACUUUGAAGGCUUUAGCUGCUAGUGGAAAGGUGUUAUCCAAACAGGACGUCUCUGCUGCUGGACAGCAGGUCUACCCAUUAAGAAAAAACAGAAGGGUGGACAUGGUAUCUGUUUUUUUCAGAGGCCAGAUCUACCCAACUCAGUAGACACAGUGCCCAGGCCUCACUGCCACCCACUCUCCAGAUAAAUCAGAAAUACAGUGGUACCUCGGAUUACAGAUGCUUCAGGUUACAGACUCCGCUAACCCAGAAAUACUACCUUGGGUUAAGAACUUUGCUUCAG